AUGAAGAACUAUAAAGUGAUUAGCAAAAUAGGCGAGGGGACGUUUUCUGAAGUUGUGAAGGCGCGGAGCCUGCGGGACGGGAGCUGCUAUGCGUGCAAACAGAUGAAACAGCACUUCGACAGCAUGGAGCAGGUGAACAGCCUCCCGGAGAUACAAGCCCUGCGGCGCCUGAACCCGCACCCCAACAUCCUCACGCUGCACGAAGUGGUCUUCGACAGAAAAUCUGGUUCUCUUGCGCUAAUAUGUGAGCUUAUGGACAUGAAUGUUCAUGAACUGAUACGAGGGAGAAGACAUCCAUUUUCAGAAAAAAAAAUCACGUCCUACAUGUACCAGCUCUGCAGGUCCCUGGACCACAUGCACAGAAAUGGAAUAUUUCACAGAGAUGUAAAACCAGAGAAUAUAUUAAUAAAGCAGGAGGUCCUGAAGCUUGGGGACUUCGGGUCCUGCCGGAGCGUCUACUCCAAGCCGCCGUACACGGAGUACAUCUCCACUCGCUGGUACCGGGCCCCCGAGUGCCUGCUCACCGACGGCUUCUACAGCUACAAGAUGGACCUGUGGAGCGCCGGCUGCGUCUUCUACGAGAUCGCCAGCCUGCAGCCCCUCUUCCCUGGAGCCAAUGAGCUGGACCAGAUCUCAAAAAUCCAUGAUGUCAUGGGCACCCCUGCUGCGAGGACCCUCACCAAGUUCAAACAGUCGAGAGCUAUGAGUUUUGAUUUUCCUUUUAAAAAGGGGUCAGGGAUACCUCUCCUGACAGCCAGUCUGUCCCCGCAAUGCCUCUCCCUGCUGUGCGCGCUGGUGGCCUACGACCCCGACGAGAGGAUCACGGCCCACCAGGCCCUGCAGCACCCCUGCUUCCGGGAGCAGAGGGCGGCGGAGAAGCAGCCUCAGGGCGGCCACGGACGAGCAGCCUUCCCUGAGUGCCCUGCGGCCCCGGACCUGCUCUGCACCCAGUUGCGGAUCUCCAAGGAGGGCAGAAAGCAGCCGCCCUCCCAGCUGCUGGGACAUUUGUCUGACUGGGUCACCCUGCUGGUCCCCCUGGACCUCGCCCGCCGUCCGAGCCCGGCCCAUGUGUGUCUGCACGGCCGCAGCGAGCACUUCAGGCUCUGCGGCCAUGAGGCCCCUGUCCCAGCUGCCCCGGUCCCGGGGGGUGGGGCGCGCGGCGGGCUCAGCUGGCCUGUGUUUUCUUCCAAGCAGCAGGAGGGCCGCCCCUGGUGGCCGGGACCGGCUGGCCCGACGGGACUGCCCAGGCCGAAGCUCGCAGGGGCGACCGGCCUGUCGUCCUGCAGCCCGGCGCUGCCCUCGGUGUUCGGACCCGGAGGCGGCGGGAAGGUCCUGGGGCCAAGGCCCCUGAAGUGUGGGGCCGCAAACCAGAAGACGGACCCGCAGAAGGAGAUGGAGCCUCACCCAAGACAGUACCACCUGCCCACCAUCGAGAGGAAAGGCAGGGGGUGCUGA